GUCACCACAGUUUUGACUCCAACAGCCUUUCUGUUGCCACAAACCCGUCAAAAUGGCCAAGUCAAAGAACAGCUCGCAGCACACGUUGAACUGGAAAGCCCACCGAAACGGGAUCAAAAAGCCAAAAACCCAUCGCUAUCCUUCCCUUAAGGGCACAGAUCCUAAAUUCCGACGGAACCACAGACAUGCUCUGCAUGGUACUAUGAAGGCGCUGAAAGAGGUGAAGGAGGGCAAGAGAGAAUCCGCAUAAACGAUUUCUACUGUUUUUCUUUCUGUUUUCCAGGUUGCGGUCCGGGUCUAUAAUUCCAUGUGUCAUGUCGAUAGGUGUUCUAUCUUGGCUUAGAAAUUCGGAGAAUCCUGAAAAAAAUUCAAGCCAUUCUGCGGAUAUCCUUUUCUAUUCUGUCCACAAAAAGCAGGCGGUAAUGUGAGUAGAAACUUUUGUCUCAUUUCCAUGAGGCGGUGGCAACGGGAAAGACAAUUCCCCCCCAAUUCAACAGCAGCAUGAUUCACAAUGCCACGGAAUCGAAACUUUCGCAUUUGUUUUAAAUGUAGUAUUUCUUUUUUCAUUUUUCAUUUUUUUCUUCUGAAUUUCGAAUCACUUCUUGCGUAUUCAGAAAACUGCGACGACUUUUGGUCCUUUACCACCCAGUCAACGAACCUCGCAUACCGUGAAUACACUUCUCUAAUCAUGGUCCGUUUCCAAUCAUGGGACAAAACAGGCAUAUGUGUGUACAGCAGUGGGAUUUUCUCUAUGUCCAAUUGCUGAAGGAUUAUUAUCUUUUCGUGCCGAGAUCAAAUUCUACUGCCGUCUAAUUACCAAACACCCUUUGCCUUUCUCCCAUGGUGCGGAGGUGCAUGGACAGAUGUGCUACAUGUAUUAUCCACCAUUAGGAAGAUGAUCAUUUUUUUAUUUUAUUUUUGAAGCUCUGGUUAUAUCGGUCUAUCCUUGUUUGAAAUCUGAACAUAAUUGUACUUCUGGUCCGGUAGUUCUGUUAUUCUCCUCAGAAAAAUUAAUCUUAUCCAAAGCAGCAUUAUAUACGAGUU